AUGUCAUGGUUUGGUAAUUCUGUUAAUACUCAAGAAUUGGAUUCUAAGAUUGAAGAAGCAACUUCUGAAUCAAUUCCUAAUGGAGAAAUUGAUAUCGCUGUUGCUUUUGAAAUCACAGAUCUUAUCAGAAGUAAAAAAAUCCCUUCAAAAAAUUGUAUGAGAUGUUUAAAGAAACGAUUAAUAGCCGUUCAAAAUAAUCCCAAUUUAUGUUUAUCGAUCUUAAAGUUGAUAGAAGUUUGUGUUAAGAAUGGUGGGUAUCAUUUCUUAGCAGAAAUUUCUUCAAAGGAGUUCAUGGACUAUUUGGUAGAAUCUGUAUUUAAAAGAAUUUAUAAUAUCAAGGAUUAUAACGUAAUCAAUAGUGAAGCCAAAUUAUACGUAGGUAAUUUUAUUUUACAGUUAAUUAGAAAUUGGGCUUACUUCUUCAAAAAUCAACCAGGAUUAAAUUAUGUGGAAAGAUGUUAUGAAGAGUUAAAACAUGAAUAUAAAUUCCCUGAUCUGGGUCCAAGUGAGAGUAAUAAUGAAGUAUUUAUUGAUACAGAAACACCCGCUGAUUGGGUUGAUAAUGAUGAAUGUAUGAUUUGCUACAGACCUUUCUCCAUGAUCAACAGGAAACAUCAUUGUAGAUCAUGUGGAGGAGUUUUCGAUCAAGAACAUUCAUCUAAAUCUUUACCUUUACCAAGUUUAGGGAUAAUGGAAUCAGUUAGAGUAUGUGAUAACUGUUAUUCUAAAGUGAAGAAGGAACCGAGAAUGGAAGCAAGAAACCAACCUUCCAGUAAUGAAAAUGAUGAUGACGAUUUAAAGAAAGCUAUAGAAUUAAGUUUAAGAGAUUCCGGUCCACCUGUUCAACCUCCUCCAGUACAACCUCCUCCAACCACUCAACCAUCAGAAGGUGAUGAAGAUGAAGAAAUGAAAGCCGCUAUUGCUGCUUCUUUGAAGGAAUUUGAAAAUCAAGAACGUUUAUAUAAAGCUCAAGGCCAAACUCAACCCAUACAACCAGCUCAAACACAACCUCAACCUGAUCAUGACGAAUUUUAUGGUAACAUUUUACCUACUUCCAAUUUCCAAUCAACUCCGAGUUUCCAAUCACCAGGAUUCCAAUCACCAGGAUUCCAAUCUCCAAAUUAUCAAUCGCCAAGUUUCCAACAACCAACCCCUUAUGGACAACCUCAACAAGCUUCAGGUUCAAUGACUCCUGUCCAACAUAUACAAAGUCACCAGACCCAGAAUCAAGACUUGUCUCCUCAAGAAGAAGAAUCUAUCAAUUUAUACAUCACAUUAAUCAACCAAUUGAGAAAUGAUCCUUCUAAACAAUCUGCAGUUUUAAGUGACAACAACUUGAAUGAAUUACAUAUAAAAGUUUUGAAAUUAAAACCCAAAUUGAAUAAAUCCUUGAGGAUAUCUAUUGAAAACUAUGAAAGCUUUGUUCUGUUGAAUUCUAAAGUUUCGACCAUAAUGAGAUUGUACGACCAAUUCUUGGAGAAUAAAUUAUCAGAUGCUUAUAAUCAUAACAUGGGCUUCCAGAACUAUCAAUAUACCGGCCAACAAUUCUCAGGUCAACAGUUCACUGGAAAAAGAAACGAAGCGCAACCUUCUGGGUCAGCGCAAUACAGCCAGGGUAUCCAAUAUACUGGCAUGGGGCAAUACGGUCAAACGGAAUCAUUUAGCGGGUCUGGACCUCAAUAUACUGGUCAGAGCCAAAACGGAUUUACCGCUAGAGAUUCAGGGCCUCAAUUUACUGGGGAAGAACCUUAUAGUACAACGCAACCUCAAUAUACUGGGCAACCAACACAAGGUUAUGCAUCUGAGCCUCAAUAUGAGCAAAGUGAACCUCAAUAUGACGCUUAUAAGUCAGAGUAUGAACAAAAAGAGCAAUACCAGUCUGAACCCCAGUAUCCAGAACCACAAUAUGGGGAACCACAAUAUGGGUCACAAUAUGAUUCUAAGAACCAAUACGAAUCAGAACCUCAGUACGAGUCAGAAUCUCAAUAUGGCACCCAGAAUUAUCAAUCACAACCACAAGAAUCUGAACCUCAAUAUGGAAGUGAACCCCAAUACGAAUCUGAACCUCAGUAUGGAUCAGAACCACAAUCUCCACAAAAACAGUCCGAACCACAACAAUACGAUUACCAAUACCCUCAACCCACCAAGUCUAAUGGAUCACAAAAAUACCAGUAUCCUUCAGAACCAAAACCCACUACCCCAGUUUUCCCUUCGGUCCCCUCCGAACUCUCCAAUAUAUCCCAAUAUCCCCCAGUUGAAAAACUCGGUGGUAAAGAAGGGUUCAGUAACCAAAAUACUGGGGAUGAUGAAUUGGAGUCUACCAAGUUGAAAUACCCCCCCGUGGAUGAAGUUGAAACCAGAAUUGCUGAAGAACCCUUGAUUGAAUUAUAG